AAUAAUAAUAAUAAUAAUAAUAAUAAUAAUAAUAAUAAUAAUAAUAAUAAUAAUAAUAAUAAUAAUAAUAAUAAUAAUAAUAAUAAUAAUAAUAAUAAUAAUAAUAAUAAUAAUAAUAAUAAUAAUAAUAAUAAUAAUAAUAAUAAUAAUAAUAAUAAUAAUAAUAAUAAUAAUAAUAAUAAUAAUAAUAAUAAUAAUAAUAAUAAUAAUAAUAAUAAUAAUAAUAAUAAUAAUAAUAAUAAUAAUAAUAAUAAUAAUAAUAAUAAUAAUAAUAAUAAUAAUAAUAAUAAUAAUAAUAAUAAUAAUAAUAAUAAUAAUAAUAAUAAUAAUAAUAAUAAUAAUAAUAAUAAUAAUAAUAAUAAUAAUAAUAAUAAUAAUAAUAAUAAUAAUAAUAAUAAUAAUAAUAAUAAUAAUAAUAAUAAUAAUAAUAAUAAUAAUAAUAAUAAUAAUAAUAAUAAUAAUAAUAAUAAUAAUAAUAAUAAUAAUAAUAAUAAUAAUAAUAAUAAUAAUAAUAAUAAUAAUAAUAAUAAUAAUAAUAAUAAUAAUAAUAAUAAUAAUAAUAAUAAUAAUAAUAAUAAUAAUAAUAAUAAUAAUAAUAAUAAUAAUAAUAAUAAUAAUAAUAAUAAUAAUAAUAAUAAUAAUAAUAAUAAUAAUAAUAAUAAUAAUAAUAAUAAUAAUAAUAAUAAUAAUAAUAAUAAUAAUAAUAAUAAUAAUAAUAAUAAUAAUAAUAAUAAUAAUAAUAAUAAUAAUAAUAAUAAUAAUAAUAAUAAUAAUAAUAAUAAUAAUAAUAAUAAUAAUAAUAAUAAUAAUAAUAAU